AUGCAAUUAACCCAGGAAGACCACUUCGUGAAGCCGACCACCGCAGACCUCCAGCCCGAAGCAGGCGCCGGAUCUCCGGCCAAAAUGUGCAGCGAAUGCUACGUCAACCAGUCGUUCGUGCACGACGACGGGACAGUGAACGAACACAAGCCACGCCCCUUUCCAGCCCCUCUGCAGACCAGCAGCGGCAGCAGCAGUGGGGUUAUUUUAGACAUCUCCUCUCUGAAGAUGGAGCAGCAGGAGAGCGAGGUGCCCCCUCUGCCGCCCCGCUUCCGCUUCAGAGACCUGCUGCUCGGGGACCAGAACUUCCAGAACGACGACAGAGUGCAGGUGGAGUUUUAUGUCAAUGAGAACACAUUCAAGGAGCGUCUGAAGCUGUUCUUCAUCAAAAACCAAAGAUCCAGCCUCAGGAUCCGCGUGUUCAACUUCUGCCUGAAGCUGCUCACCUGCCUGCUGUACAUCAUCAGAGUGAUGACGGACAACCCCGGCCAGGCCGCCGGCAGCAGCCACAGCAGCGCGCCGCAAAACACACAGAGCGACAACAGCAAAUGUGUCGACUGCCAGUGGAACGGAUCAGUGCAGGACAGAGAAAUUAACUGGGAGUUGAUCUUCUGGGUGGACAGGAAAGUUCCAGUCUGGGCCAUUCAAGUGAUUGUGGCCAUCAUCAGUUUCCUGGAGACGAUGCUAUUGAUGUAUCUAAGCUAUAAGGGGAACAUUUGGGAGCAGAUGUUUCAAGUGUCUUUUCUUCUGGAGAUGAUCAACACCGUUCCCUUCAUCAUCACGAUCUUCUGGCCCUCAAUUAGGAACAUCUUCAUUCCUGUGUUCCUAAACUGCUGGCUGGCUAAAUGUGCUUUAGAGAACAUGAUUAACGAUGUCCACAGAGCCAUCCAGAGAACCAACUCGGCCAUGUUCAACCAGGUUCUCAUUCUCAUCUGCACUCUGCUCUGCCUCGUUUUCACAGGCACAUGUGGGAUUCAGCACCUGGAGCGAGCCGGUAAAAACCUCACGCUCUUCAAUUCCUUCUACUUCUGCAUCGUCACCUUUUCCACGGUGGGCUUCGGAGACGUGACCCCCCGCAUAUGGCCCUCUCAGCUGCUGGUGGUCAUCAUGAUCUGCGUUGCUCUGGUAGUGCUUCCUCUGCAGGUGGGGCGUCUUUUGUCCGGCUGUUACGGUCAACGUUUUGUGACUCCCAGGUUUAACCCCCGACCCCCUGUGUGUCAGUUCGAGGAGCUGAUCUACCUGUGGAUGGAGAGGCAAAAGUCCGGCGGGAACUACAGCCGCCACAGAGCUCAGACGGAGAAGCACGUGGUGCUGUGCGUCAGCUCGCUCAAAAUAGACCUGCUCAUGGAUUUUCUCAACGAAUUCUACGCACACCCCAGGCUGCAGGAUUACUACGUGGUGAUCCUGUGCCCAAGUGAAAUGGACCUCCAGGUAAGGAGGGUGCUUCAGAUUCCUCUGUGGUCUCAGAGGGUCAUCUAUCUGCAAGGGUCCGUCCUCAAAGACCAGGAUCUGCUGAGAGCCAAAAUGGAUGAUGCAGAGGCUUGUUUCAUCCUCAGCAGUCGAAACGAGGUGGAUCGCAUGGCUGCGGACCACCAGACAAUUUUGAGAGCUUGGGCAGUGAAAGACUUUGCUCCAAACUGCCCGCUUUAUGUCCAGAUACUGAAGCCCGAAAACAAGUUCCAUGUUAAAUUUGCAGAUCAUGUUGUGUGUGAGGAGGAGUUCAAGUAUGCCAUGCUGGCUCUCAACUGCGUGUGCCCGGCCACUUCCACCCUGGUCACGCUCCUCGUGCACACCUCCCGUGGACGAGAGGGGCAGCAGUCUCCGGAGCAGUGGCAGAGGAUGUAUGGAUGUUGCUCUGGCAACGAGGUCUACCACAUCCGACUGUGUGACAGCAAGUUCUUUGGAGAGUAUAAUGGCAAAAGCUUUACGUACGCCUCCUUUCACGCUCACAAGAAGUACGGCGUUUGUCUUAUCGGCAUAAAGAGGGACGACAACAAAAGCAUCCUGCUGAACCCCGGCCCCCGCCACAUAAUGGCCGCCACAGACACCUGCUACUACAUCAACAUCACCAAGGAGGAGAACUCGGCUUUUAUCUUCAACCAGGAGGAGAGGAAGGGCCGUCCGGCGGGGGGCAUUUUCAACGGGCCGUCGCAGCUUCCUGUGCACAGCAUCCUCGCUAGCAUGGGUACUGUAGCCAUAGAUCUCCAGAACACAAGCCCACCGGACAUCUCGGGUGGUAAACUGGUCCCACCGACAGUAAACGGAACAGGCAUUCGCCGACCAAGCAUUGCUCCAGUUCAAGAAAUAGCUGACUCCACAUCCAUCCUGCCAUGUGACCUCUUAAGUGAUCAAUCAGAAGACGACUCUGUCUUUAUGGAUGAAAAGGGCCACUCGUCCACCGAGUAUGUGAAAGGUUACCCUCCCAACUCUCCGUACAUUGGGAGCUCGCCCACCCUGUGCCAUCUGUUGGCUGAAAAAGCACCGUUUUGCUGCCUACGACUGGACAAGGGCUGCAGGCAUAACAGCUUUGAAGAUGCGAAGGCUUACGGCUUUAAAAACAAGCUCAUCAUUGUGUCCGCCGAGACGGCCGGAAACGGCCUCUACAACUUCAUUGUGCCUCUCAGAGCGUAUUACAGACCCAGAAAAGAGCUCAACCCCAUUGUCCUGCUGCUGGACAACCCGCCAGAUAAUCACUUCCUGGAGGCCAUUUGCUGUUUCCCAAUGGUGUACUACAUGGCGGGGACCAUAGACAAUCUGGACAACCUCCUCCAGUGUGGGAUUAUCUACGCGGAUAACCUAGUUGUCGUGGACAAAGAGAGCACAAUGAGUGCUGAGGAGGACUACAUGGCAGAUGCCAAAACCAUUGUCAAUGUACAAACAAUGUUCAGAUUGUUUCCCAGCCUCAGCAUCAUCACAGAGCUUACACAUCCAUCCAACAUGAGGUUCAUGCAGUUCAGAGCGAAGGACUGCUAUUCGCUAGCUCUCUCCAAGCUGGAAAAGAAAGAGCGCGAUAAAGGCUCCAACCUGGCCUUCAUGUUCCGCCUACCCUUUGCUGCAGGCAGAGUGUUCAGUAUCAGCAUGCUGGAUACCCUCCUCUAUCAGUCUUUUGUGAAGGACUACAUGAUUCUCAUCGCGAGGCUGCUGCUGGGGUUGGACACCACGCCCGGGUCCGGAUAUCUCUGUGCUAUGAAAGUGACGGAGGAAGAUCUGUGGAUCAGCACUUACGGACGACUGUUCCAGAAGCUCUGCUCCUCUAGCGCCGAAAUUCCUAUCGGCAUCUAUCGCACAGAGGCCCACAUUUUCCCCACUUCUGAAUCUCAGGUGUCUGUGAGCGUGGAUGACUGCGAGGACACAAAGGACAGGGCAGAUGAACAGCCGGAUCAGCCGCAGCUGAGGAAGAAGAGCAUGCAAUGGGCGCGGCGCCUCAGUAGGAAAAGCGUGAGGUGGCAGGGCGUCAGCCGGGAGUCCAGCAAAGACCAGUCCAUGCGCAUGGCUCAGCAGUGCCUCAACCUUUACAGGCGGUCAGAGAGGGAGGAGCUGUCCGAGCUGGUCCGAAACCGCAUGAGGCACCUGGGACUUUCCACUUCCGGAUACGAUGACCUGACAAAUCUGACGGCCAGCGACGUCAUGAACAGAGUCAAUCUGGGCUACCUGCAGGAUGAGCAGAAUGAUCACCAGAACACUCUUUCCUACGUCCUCAUUAACCCUUCGCCCGACACCCGGCUGGAAGUCAACGACAUUGUAUACCUGAUUCGCCCCGACCCCCUGGCUCACGUCCCGGAGGAGCCUCCCGUCCGCAGCAGCAGCCUGAAGGAGAGACGGGAGUCCAGCAUAGACGCCAGAGAGGACACCCCGCUCUGA